AUGAAAGAGCUAGUCCGGAACACGUAUCCUUCAGCGACUCGUGCAGCGAUGAGCGGGCGCAACUCAACAGAAGCCGAUGAUGUGCUUGAAUUCUUGGAAUCGCUUCCAGAAAGCAGCAAGACUAGUGGUGGUUCCGGAGCCGAGAACUCCGGCAAGGAGCCAAAAAAGGAUACCGAAAUCCUAGACUUCCUCGACGAGCUGGAACAAAGCAACCUCAGCUUGAAGAAGGACAAGAAGGCCGGACAGGCCGAGGAGAAUGCCCAGGAAGGUGAAGGAGAUUCAGUAGCGCAAACCUCUACUGCAUCCAAGGAGCCCGCCGCCGCGGAGAAGCCUGCUGCCGCGGAGAAGCCUGUUGCCGCAGAAGAGCCCGCCGCAGUCGAGGACCCUGCCUCUUCAAAGGCCUCUCAACCGAAGGAAACCGCGGCUUCGGUCUCGCAGGCCGACGCCGAGAUCAUACAGAGCGAACCGGAAACGACAAGUGAUCCCAUCACAUCCUUUUCCAAUUGGUGGUCGUCGUCUGGGUCUGCCACAGUCAACAGCUUCUUUAGCAAAACCGCGGAGCAGGCAACACAUCUCAAGGACAGGCUGGCACAAGAACAGCACGGCAUUGCAUCGAAGCUGCAAGGUACGUCACUGGGCUCGAAGAUCAACACAGCAACGCUUUCAACUUUGGCCAAGAACCUGAGCAGGAUCGUGGUCGGCGACACUGACGAAGUCCUGCGGAUCCAUUUGGUGCACGACCUCGUCAACUACCCUCUGCUUUCGUACCACGUUGAGCAGCAGUUUGACAACGUUCUGAGCUCGCAGGUUCAGAGCGGCGUCAGGAUAUUCGUAGACGAGUGGGACCAUCCAAUUGAGGGCAAUGACCGUGUUCAGGACGGGAAGCGCCACCUCAACAUGUUCACAGGCAAAGUUUCGGACGGCGAGAAGCUGGCGUUCGCCAACCUGAACAAUGCUAUCAAGCUGUUCACAGAGGCCAAAGAUGAGCUCGCAAAGCAACGGUUCGAGACUGUCUCGGCGGAGGAAGGCGAAAAGGAGCUCGCUAUAUCUGACGUCUUCAUUUCCAUCCUCCCAAUCUCGGUUCCAGAAAAACACAAGAACCCGGAAAUCGCCACCACCGACUCCUCGCACCCGGGCAAUUUCGCCUUCACCAUCGUGCUCAAGGACAUCAGCAACGACUUCACCUCGAUUACCAGGUCGCAGGGAUUCCCUCAGAGAUGGGCCGACUGGCUCGAGGGUACGUCAGAGCUGAAAAGCAAGCAGGACGCCAUCCAGGACAGAGAGUCCAAGAGAGACGCCGUGGAGCGGACAGACAGCGCGGACGAUGCCGAAGGCAUCGACCCCAGCGACUGGGUCAAGGAGUGGGUCGAAGACGGUCUGAGCCUUGCUUUCGGCGUGGUAGCUCAGAACUACGUGAUCGACCGCAUGGGCUUCUAG